UGUGUGUAUGUCUGUGUGUGUGUAUUCGUUGAUUCCUUUUUACCUGUCAGCUAUCGCAGGAGAAGAUGUCCUCCUGAUUGUAACAGGGGUGCUCAUUAGCUUUGUAACAGCGUUUGACGUGUGUUUCGAACGACAAUUGUCAUCAUUAUAUUUUGAGUAUCGAAGCAUUUAUGAAAAGUAGUAUAUGGAUGCUGCGAAUUACAAUAAUAUAAUUCAAGGUUCUAGGAUUUAAAUUAGGACACCUUAGUUUUUGAACGUUUUCUCGGGCCUUUCGUCCAUCGCUCAAUCUUUCAAAAACAACUAACAUUAAUACACGUAGGCGUGAAUCUACAUUUGGACUCAAUUCCUUUAUACUGCCGGGUGCAAUGAAAAGAGAGUCACUUCGUCGGUUUUAUUGACACUAAAAAACGUAUCGAAAAAGAUCAAGGUUGCGUAUUUUAUUAUAUAUGUACAAUUAUAUGUACUGCUUCUGUUAUGCAAAAAAUAAAUGCAAAGAACAGAGACCAAACAGGCAUUCUAUCGAUAGCGAACAACACACACGACUUCUUGGUGAUUUAACUCAACCCUAAGCCAUUUACAUUAUCCUUUCGAAUCGUUCCAAAUACGAGAUCAUACCCUAGUUACUAACAUCUGCGGCUUUCAGCAUAUAGAUUGCGUAACGACAUACCUCUCAGGUCGAACGCAUGGACGAUAGACUCCUGUUGUUUUAAUUAAUUAAUUAAAGCCGUGGCUCCGAGUGAAUUGAUACUGAUCCAUUGUACAAUACGUCGAAAAUAAUAAUCAGCUCAUAGCGUUACUUUCACUAAAUGGCAUUUUCUUCCACGGUGUACGUAUUGGAGAUGAACGUUGCAGUGGGAAGAGAUUAAAUACUAUACGAAUCUAUACACAUUUCUAACCGUGUAAUUGUAUUAUUAAGUAGUCAAUUAAUUCAAAAAGCCGAUUUUCCUACUCAAUAGUAAAAUAUUUUCUCAAAUUUUUCGAUUCAAACUGCUCCGAUAAGGGCAGUCAGAUGUCCAAGCUCCUUCCAUAGAAAUUAACAGUAAAUACUUAAAUUUCAAUGCUUACUGCACGCACGCAUAUGGCUUUGUUUCUUGCAACCAAAAUGCCUUUGUUUAGAUUGGGCCAAAGGGCGAGGCACAAUACAAGUCUAUGUUAGACUGUUUCCGUAAGACGUACGCACGCGAAGGUUAUUUCGGCAUGUAUCGAGGUUCAGCGGUCAACAUUCUGCUCAUCACACCGGAGAAGGCAAUCAAGCUUACAGCCAACGACUUCUUCCGACACUAUCUAACUGACGCGCGAGUCGGAAAAUUAUCGUUAGCAAAUGAAAUGCUUGCGGGUGGUGGAGCUGGAUUCUGUCAGAUCGUUGUUACAACCCCUAUGGAAUUGCUUAAAAUUCAGCUGCAGGACGCCGGAAGAGUUGCGAAGUCAAGCAGCGGGGUACUGAAGUUAUCGGCAACAACAAUCGCUAUGGACUUAAUUAAACGCGAGGGUAUUGUGGGCUUGUACAAAGGCACAGGAGCGACAAUACUUCGUGAUGUAACAUUUUCGAUGAUCUACUUUCCGCUAUUCGCCAACCUUAACUCGCUCGGACCAAAACGUGAGGACGGAACAACGGUGUUUUGGGCAAGCUUUUUGUCUGGCUGCAUAGCUGGAUCAACUGCCGCUUGUGCCGUAAACCCCAUGGAUGUGGUGAAAACGCGAUUACAACUACUGACCAAGGGAAGCGGCGAAGAAAAUUACAACGGAGUGGCCGAUGCUUGCAUAAAAAUCUUCAAAAAUGAAGGCCUAAAGGCGUUUUUCAAAGGGGCCGGCUGCCGUAUGAUCGUCAUUGCGCCGCUAUUCGGUAUCGCUCAGACCGUCUACUAUCUUGGAGUUGCCGAAAAACUCAUUGGUAUGCAUUGAAUGAAUCGUAAACUUCCCACCGGAGGUAUUAUGGACCAACCAACGAAUGCUAAAACAGAUCAGGAUCUAAACAAGAUACACCACGUAGCAUUCAUCUGGACCGCAGUACCCCUCAAUUUAAUUAUAUCACAGCACUUUACAAAUACAUUUCUCCGAACAGUUUCAUCUUUGCUUUUCAAAAAUGUUUGUACACUUUUUUCUACGACAUUCUUCUAGGACGCGAUGACUUUACUAUUCUGAAAUCCACAAGUCAAUUUCAACUUUCUACGACAGAUUGAACAUUCAUUAUAAUAGAGUACUUACAUACUGCUACAUUCAUUUCACCUCUCAAAUACGGCUUCUCGCGAAGCUGUAUAAAAGUGUAGCAUCUUCAAGAGAAUCGUGUUGACAGCAGCCGUGGCUCUUGCAAAUGACAAGAACGACGCGAACGUGAUUAGUGUUUAACUAAAUCAGUUACUAGCGUACCAUGCACAAUUUCGUAAAAUACACUUAAGAGUACGUGUAUUCUUGUUUGUUGCUACGGGGUUUAAGUACAGAAUGCCGGUAAACACUAGACGACGUAUUUACAUAUUUAAAAAGAAGAAGGUGACACAGUCUAUGCGGAUCACUAUUUCCGGUAAACUUCGUUUAACACUUUCCACACUGAAAUAAUACGUAAACGAAUAUAAAAAAUGGGCUUUACAGUAUACAUAGGGCUGUAAUAACAGCCACUAAUAAGCUCUGAAUCGAAAACUUUCUCGUCCGACAUUUGGGUUUAAUCGACUACUGCGACGCUUGAUUGGAUUUUAUAGCAGUUUCGGGAUUUUCUUAUUUAUUCUUAUUAUUUGAUACUCGCGUUCGUUGAAUUUGUCUGAUUUUAAGUGAUACUCGCGUACUUUCGUAGUGUUUCGUACCAGAAUGCAAUUUUAUGUGUUCAAAAGUGUUGAUCAUAUAUGUCACUGGUCAAGUUUAAUACGUUAGUAUGUUUGCCAUAAUAAAAAAGAAUUGAACUGUUAACUGCUAAAAUCGUAUUGAGCGGAAAAAGCGCACGAUUCGCAAUUUUUUAUCUGACAUUGGCUUGAAUGAGUUCUUUAGGA